AUGGCAGGGAUUACGGAGGAGACGAAGGGAGACUACGUCGUACAUGAUGUUGAAGGUCAAUCACAUCCACCACACCCAGAACAAAUCGUUUCCCAGUACGAACAAAAAAAUUUGAUCCGCGGUUUAUCACAACGCCAUGUGCAGAUGAUCGCUAUUGCCGGUGCAAUUGGCACGGGUCUGUUUCUUGGUCUUGGUAGUUCGAUUGCAACGGGUGGCCCGUUAGGCGCCUUGUUGGGCUUUCUAUUCGUCGGUCUCAUUGUCUGCGCAAUUCAAUUUGCGCUGGGUGAAGUCUCUGCAUUGCUCCCCGUCACCGGUUCAUUUGUUCGCCAUGCAGAGGUUCUCGUGGACCCAGCAAUGUCAUUUGCAGUCGGUUGGAAUCUCGUAUAUGGCUGUUUCCUCAGUGUGCCGAGUGAGAUAUCUGCUGCUGUAGUACUGAUACAGUACUGGACUGACAUCAAUGCUGCGGUAUGGGUGACGAUUCUGAUUUUGGUAUCUGUUGCCGUUGCCGUCUGCUUCAUCCGCGUGUACGGAGAAGUGGAAUUUAUAUUCGCCAUUCUCAAGAUCCUCCUGGUUGUUUUCGUCGUCAUUCUCGGUCUAGUCAUUGAUCUUGGUGGUGUGCCUGGUAAGCCUCGAUUAGGCUUCCACUACUGGAAAGACCCCGGUCCUUUUGUCGAGUACAUCGGCACAGGAUCCUGGGCCCGGUUUCUCGGUUUCUGGGCUGUCAUGACCAAUGCAGUCUACUCCUUCGCCGGAGUUGAGUCUCUCGCCAUGGCCGCUGCUGAAACCAGGAACCCAAGACACAAUAUCCCUAAGGCUUGCAAGCGGGUCUUUGCUCGCGUGACCAUAUUCUAUGUCGUCACGAUUAUCAUUGUGGGCAUGCUGGUAUCUAGCGCCGAUCCCCGUCUCAGCGAUGAGUCUGGAACUGCGACACAGAGUCCCUUCGUGAUUGCUGCCAGCGAUGCAGGCAUCAGGGCCAUCCCCUCAGUCGUGAACGCCAUCUGUUUAACAUCAGCAUGGUCCUCGUCCAACCAGGCCAUUCUUUCCGGAACAAGAACGCUCUACGGUCUCGCGAUCAAGGGCCAUGCCCCCAAGGUCUUCCUGUGGACUAACAAGUGGGGUGUGCCGUACAUGUGUGUUACUGCGCAAGCACUCUUCUCCCUCCUAGCAUACAUGUGUGUGUCGAACGGAGCGUUGACUGUUUUCUACUGGUUUGUCGAUCUGACCUCAGCCGGUACUCUGGUCUCGUGGAUCGCUAUUGCAUACAACCAUAUUCGUCUCUUGCAAGCUCUAGACAAGCAAGGGAUUUCGCCUAAGGAAUUGCCGUGGCACAAUCGCUUAACUAGAUAUACCAGCUGGUUCGCCUUUAUCUCCUGCAUUGUCAUUCUAUUUACUGGAGGCUUUACUGUGUUUACAGCGGGUAACUGGGACCCUUCCAGCUUUAUUUCUUCGUACUUAGAUAUUCCGCUGGUGAUUUUCGCUUACCUGGGCUACAAAUUUAUCCGUCGGACAAAGAUUGUCCCUCUGGAUGAGGUGCCACUUCGACAGGCGUUAGAAGAGGCUGAUGAGGAUCCUGAAAACGUGCCGCUUGCGAAAGAUGGCAUUUGGGCUAAGAUAAAUAUCUUUUGGGGUUAA